AUGGUUAAAUUGCACCUUCCAUAUGGGAUGAGCCUUCACCAUCAAUUCAAUACCAACCUCCAUGCUCCCUCAUCAUACCUCCGCCACCUAUUGAUUCUCCACCCACUAUCUCCAUUCCACCAUGGACUACCCCGAUCACCCAAAGUUCCUUGA